AUGAAGGAUAAAAUCAUAGCUAUCAGUGAUCCUUCUUGCCAUCAGAAGAACCUGAGAAUCCUUUCUAACCUUUUUAUCGACAAUUCUUACCCAAAACACCUAAUCACCAAGAUAUUAUUCAGUUUGACCCCUAACGUAAUACACCAGAAUGAUGAGUUGCAAAUUACUGUUACAAGCGGAGAACAAAAUGUCAAUUGUUUAUGUACUUCUUUAAAGUACGUAAAAGGCAUAACACCCAGACUGGCUAGACUGUUUAAAGACAUCACCAACUUGAAAAUAGCCUUUAAAGCUUCGUUAAAUUCAAGAUCUAUAUUUUCUAAGGUUAAAGACGAGAGUGACAUUAAGGAUUGUUCUAACGUUGUCUACCAGAUUCCCUGUAACAACUGUAAUUUGGUAUAUGUUGGACAAACCGCACGCAGUUUAGAUAGUCAUUUAAUUAGUCACCGCAGUGAUAGCAGAUUAUAUCCUGAAAGAUCUGCUCUUGCCGAACAUGUUAAUAAAGAACAUCACAAGAUGAAUUAUGAAUCGGUCAGAGUUUUAGCUUCUGAAUCGAACUAUACUAAAAGACUGUUCUUAGAGAUGGCAUUCAUUGCAUAA